GGGAUGGGUAUUCAGACUAUAAAAACCUGGACAUACGGUCACCCAAAAAUCAUACAACUUCUACUUUUAGAUAUUAAUCUAUAUUGGCGAAAAUGGAGAAUCUACCAAGAAUCCUACUUUUGGCAUGUUUUGCAGCCUUGUCAGAGAGCACUGACCUGUCUGAGAGUGUCUUUACCUUUCCAACACUGGGAACCACUGAUCGUGUGACUUUGACUCCAUCUGCCAAAAAGCCCCUGUCCCAAGCCAGUCUCUGUCUGCGAUUCUACACUGAUCAAUCAACUCAAAGCCCCUGCUUCUUCUCUUUGGCCACGAACAGCUUCAACAAUGCCUUCUUACUGUGUCGAAUGGAUACAGGGAUCUUCAGAUUCCAUUUAGGCAGUGCAAGCGCAGAUUACUUAGGUUUGUCAUACAAAUUAAAUGAAUGGAAUUCAGUGUGCGUGACAUGGGGUGAAGAGCACAUCACACAGUUUUUUAUCAAUGGAAAAGCCAGUGUGAGGAAGAUCGCACCUAUGUCACCAGAUUGGCAAAUAUCCACCGAUCAUUCAAUCAUAGUGGGACAGGACCAAGACCACUAUGGAGGAGGGUUUGAAGUGAUGAAUGCCUUCGCUGGCCAUAUAACUGAUGUCCACAUGUGGGAUUAUGCCAUUAGCACAUGUGAAGUCCAACGCUUCAUGGAAAAGAUGUCCUUCCAACCUGGUAAUUACCUCAAGUGGGAGAGCCUUAAGUUUGAGGCUCAGGGAAAAGCUAAGGUGGAGAAAAAGCUGCUGUUUUCAGCAGAUGUAUUAUGUUAGCAAGGAGCGUAUCAAUGUAAAUGCAAUUUAUGAAUGAUAAUAAAAAAUCAUGUUAUUCAUGUUAAAUUAA